AUGCUGGAGAGCCACCGCGGCCAGGUUGAGUUCGCUCUGACCGGCCUGGGCGGCGAGCAGAGCAUCCGGAGGAUCUGUAGUGCCCCCUCGGGUCUCAGCACCGCGCGUCCCCUCGCUCUGACCGGCCUGGGCGCGGAUGACCACCGCGCGUCCCCGCACGCGAACGGAAGCAGCCAGCGUGGCUGGGUCACCCGCCUGAUGUACAUGGCCACCUCCCCGACCAAGCAGUACACGACUUCGAUUGCGGAUCACAGCCCGCUGUCGACGUUCUCGGGCGUCAGCGUCGGCUCGAACUCGAGCGGAGGCUUGUCGUACACGGAUCGCUGUCGUAAGCGCAUCAGGCAGCUCAGCGACCUGCUCAGGAGCCCAGAGGUGACCAAGGUGAUCGUCCUGCUGGGCGCAGGGGCCUCGCAGGAGGCACACCUGGAGAGCUACGUGACCCUGGAGAAAAAAUAUUUUUCCCUGGCCGAAGGCAGGCUCACUGAGCACGACACCAAGCCCUACGGGGUCCCCUCCUUCACGUACAGCCAGCUCUUCGGCCCGCCGCACUGGUGGCAGGACCCAGACGAGAUCGUGAACGGGGUCUCUUGGGAGCGCUUCAUGGCCUACAAGAGGGUAAGCGACGCCUUCUGCGCGAACAUGGUGGAGAAGUUCGCGGAGGCCGAGCCGCACCAGGGUUACCAUGACCUGCAGGAGGUGCUCGCGGCGUGGAAAAAGGGCGAGCUCACGCCGCUGACGCCCCAGGAGAGCGAUGCAAAGCAGACACGCGGAGAAGUGAAGCAGCCGACGCCGGAGACGAAGGAGAUCAUUGUGGCCACUACUAACCUCGACCAGCUGAGCGUGAAGACGUUCCAAGGAGUGGCGACCGUUUACGAGAUGCACGGGAGCAUGGAUUAUGUUCGCCGGCACGCCAUCCCGCUCAAGCAGGGCAAGACGAACGCCCAGUGCGGGGUCUCAGACGCGGCCCGACCCGGUGCCACCGAGGGCCUCUUGCAGAAGCCUCUGGUGAUGCACUUCGAGGAGCCGUACUACCGCGAGGUGAGGUGUCGCAGGGCCUCGGCCGCGGGAAACGACGCGGAGCAGGGCGAGACGGAGUCCUUCACGUUCCGCAGCAUGAAGCCAGAACUGAACAAGUUCGUGCACGGCUGUGCGGCGGGCACGGUGGUCCUGGAGAUCGGGUGCUCGCAGCGCGUGCGGGCGGUGCCGGAGCUGCGGGAGUCGAUGGUCGAGCGCGGCGCAACGGUCUUCGUGGUAAAUCCGACGGAGAAUAGCAGGCGCGCAAAGAGUCGGCUUCUGGCUGCGCAGCCAAUGCUCAUGCCAAAGCUCCGCAACCUGAAGGUAACACCGUCAGGCUUCAGAGACUUCGCCGACGCACUGCGCUGGGAGCUGCUGGGCACAGAGCCGUAG